GAGUGUUUCUACACGGAGGUCAUACAGCUUACACAACGCUUCCUAUAUAUAUACUGUAAACGUCUAGAAAUGGUGUAUUCUGGUCUUUGUCAUAUUAAUUAGUGGAUAAUGUUCCCUAAAUACUUGUAUUCAACGUGGUUUCCUGGAUUAGUUUAUAUUAAGUGCAGGGGCUAAUACGUUUUUUCUGCGACUGUAUGUGAUUUACAUGGAUUAUUUGUGUGGCCCAAUACAGUUUGUUACUGCCGACAACAAAUACUAAGAGGCACCGGAAAUCCAGCCACUUGUUGCUAUAGUGACGGGACAGCGUUCAAAGUAUGUGAGAAAAGAGAAUUUCUUCUUCUGAGGAACUGCCAGGACGGGACGAUACAUCUCACAAAAUGGCGUUGAACCUCGAAGAUUAUUUCCGAACUGUCUAUGAAGACAAGUUGCUUGUUAAGAUGCCGGAGAGGGAGGACGAGUAUCUGACGCCAGCAACAACUCCUGAGAAGAAGAGGAGGGAGAUGAGCGAGGUUAAGCAGGCACUGGCAGCACAGAAAGAGGAGUUCCAGAUGAAGAUGGAGAGCCUGCAGCAGCGUAGAGAGGAGCUGGAGAGGAGGGAGGAGCAGUUGAAGGAGUCUCUUCUGAAAUUCAACAAGUUCCUCAAACUCCAGGAGAUCCGUGAGAUGAUUGGCCGCUUUGACACGCUGAUCUCCACUCGGGAGCAGCUGCUGCGCAAAGCCAGUGACAACCAGGAGAAGCUGGAGAGCCAGCGGCUGGAACUGCAUCACUUCACCGAGGACAAGAGCACCCAGGUCCUGUAUUACAACAACGAGCUGGCCACCCUGCAGGGGUGCCUGGACCAGGCCUGCUCCAACACUGUCAAAUGGGAAUCAACGUGGAACCACAUCCAGAACACAGCAGCCAAGAAGACCCUCCUUCUGGGGCAGAUAAAGAUGGCCUCUGUGAACCUAUUGCAGCUGGUGAACAAGCAGGCAGGAGUGCAGGAGGCCGAUAUCCCCAUCGAAGACACGGAUGGACAGCUCAAAAGGAUUCAGAUGUUCAUCGUGGACCAGACAGAUAUCCUCCGUGAUCUGAAGAGGAUGGACGCCAAUCCCACCUCAAAUACACAGUCAAACAACCAGUAGAAGAUAACAAUUUAAGAACACUCAAAGAGAAUGUGAUCUCCGUAUCAGCUUCACCCUGGAGAGAAACCAGACAAUGAGACAGACGCACUGCUACCACUCUACUAGAUAUGGAUAGUUUUCAAAUAGAAAAAUGAAAGCACUGCACAUCUGCACUACCAUUUCAUAGGCUGCACAUUUUCCUAUAAAAAAGAAACAUUGGGAAACAUGUUUAAGCCACUAAUGAACCAGAGGGCAAGGUAUAAACAAGUAACUAUGGUUAAAGAAAAAGAAAGGACAGUAUUUCACAGCACAGAACAGUUAAAACCAGUGCACAAGUUGUCAAUAUUUUUUUAGCUCUGCUGGAGCACUGCAGCCCUAUGAAAAUGUCAGAGAUGGAUGACUACAUGACUUCAUUGUCGCUGACCUUGACGCCCACUAGAUCACAGCAUUUAAUUGUGAGACCGGUUUCACAGACCUUGAUUUGCACAAGUCUUGUGCUACUUUUUCUAAGCUAGCACUCGGUACUGCAAGAGUAGUGAUAAUUGGGGUCUGCGAAACUAGCGGAAAUAAAUUGUUUGCAGUUUUAAAUAGAGCAAUCAGUGUCAGAAUGUCUUCCAAGAACCUUACAUCAACAGCGUUCCUGCAACAGAGGGAGUUUAAUUACUGUGCCAAUGCCAUCAUGUUCUAAUUCACAGCUUAUCAAGUACUUGGGGGAAGGAUCUUUCUAUUUAUCCACUUGUGUUCUGUUUGGCUUUACUUACAGCUGCUUUGUGUUCUGGGGAGCAACUGCAGCCAGCAACUGUGGUCCAGUAGUGUGUGCCUGGCUUUACCAUAAAGUAUAUGGUCAACACUUCGGUCCUGUAAAUCAUGACAUCCCAGACACAUUUUUGCUGUGUGUAGCUAUGAUCUCAACA